GACGCGGCGCGCCGCGGAGCUCGCACGCGUGAUGCGCGCCAUCUAACGUAUUAUGUUCCUACCCGACCUCCCGCGAGCCUGCAUGGUGGACGACGUCGCAACCUACCUUCAAGCGCCCUCCUCGGGACAGGACGAAUUCCAUCCGUUCAUAGAGGCCCUGAUGCCUUUUGUAAAGUCCUUUUCAUACACGUGGUUCAAUUUGCAAGCGGCCAAGAGGAAAUAUUAUAAAAAACACGAAAAACGGAUGAGUCUCGAAGAGGAGCGGCAUACUAAGUAUGAGUUACAGAACGAGAAAGCAGAAGUGAAACAGAAAUGGGCGUCAAGAUUAUUAGGGAAGCUGCGCAAGGAUAUAACGCAGGAUUGUCGAGAGGACUUCGUCCUCAGCAUCACGGGGAAAAGACCAGCCGUCUGCGUCUUGUCCAACCCAGACCAGAAGGGAAAGAUGAGGAGGAUAGACUGCUUACGUCAAGCCGAUAAGGUGUGGCGGCUAGACCUAGUAAUGGUAAUCCUUUUCAAAGCGAUACCACUAGAAAGCACAGAUGGUGAGAGAUUGGAGAAACAUCCAGAAUGCACGCAGCCAGGCCUCUGUGUGAACCCUUACCACAUCAAUGUAUCAGUUAGAGAGCUGGACCUCUACCUUGCGAACUUCAUCAAUAGCUAUGAUAUCCUAAGCGGUUCCUUAUCGCCAAACCCGCCUAGGGACAAAGAGAACGAACAUGAGGCAAAGAGCAAAGGCUACACGCACAAUCCGUACAAUGGUGUUAUAUGCAACGAUAUCAUUUUAGCGACCGGCGUCUUCUCCUCCAAGGAGCUUUGGAAGCUCUCUAAAGCCUCAAUUCUCCAAGAGACGGGUUCAGAAUCUCCCAGUGGGUCCGGCGGCGGCAUUAAGCUGGAGUCCAGCUACUACGGCUACAACAGUCCAGCGCCGCCCGCAUUUGAGCCGCCCACUGACCGAGGGACUCCCUCUACCAUGCUUGUUGGACAGUGUUUUAGCAUCCCACAUAGUUCGUCGGGCCUCAGUGCUGCGCAGGCACCCCUGGUGCCUUCUAAUACGAUAUUUUACCAACAUGCACCACCUCCUACUGACACACAUCCUACUUAUGUUUGCCUUUCAGCAUCUGAGGGUCUAUCAAGCCAGCACUCUAGCAAAUAUGAUGGGACACCCCAGGAUUCCCUAGGGGACUUCGUCACUUUCGUUUGCCAAGAACCACCUACCGAUGUUCAGCAAUUACAAGUUCAUACAUUAUCCAGAAGCCCCAAACCACCGUAUUUCAGCAGCUCCAUGUUACCACCACCACCGUUACCACCAAUGGCAAGGCCGGUUGCUAUUAUCAGAUCUACAGCAAGUGAAGUAGGUGUGGGUGGCGUGGGAGUGGGAUCUCCAUCAUCUCCCGAAGUGCGGUCACCAAAUGGAUCUCCACGACGACGUAGUCCGCACCCCUACAGGGAUUGCCACCCUCCCAUCUCACACUUCAACCACUUCCAUUCGCAGCCACAACAGGUGUUUAGCUACGGGUCUUUAGGUGGUGGGGCAGUGGUGUCCGGAGGAGGAGGGAGUUCGCCCCCGGGAGGCCUGGGGCUAUACGGACCUCGACCUCCACCUAGAGCACCACCAAGAUGGAAUGCCCCUUUUCCAACAUUAGAAGAGGAAUUUAAUAUUAUGACAGCACCAACGGGUCCAGACCACGUCGUUUUAUUGGAUGAUGAGGGCAACUUUGUUUUCACAGAGCGUUUCUUUCAAUCGAACGUAAUAACAUCAGACACAACAGCCAUGGACACCACCGGGACAAAUGUCCAAUCCGUAGUUGACACGGACGACAUUGCCCCGGAUAAACCGGCUCCAGAUCUUCGAUCACCGUGAUCCUUGCACGGUGCGACCGAGACGUCCGUUCAUGGCGACGGUUCGGCCGCAACAGUGCUAAGGUGGACCCCCGCGCCCCUCCCUCACUGGCGUCCUGUUACGCAUAGACACUGACCUCUAUUGUACACUGUACUGGCUUGAACGUUUCAAAAAGCAGAAUUAUUAGUGAUACUAAUACUGUUAGGUUUUUACAACGUUUCAAAAAUCUAUCAAAUACGUCUUUCGUGAAAGUUGUAUGUUGUACACUAUCUGCUUUAAUUUUUGGCCAGUUCAGCGUAUUUAGAUAUCCUGGUACUAACUACCCUCAUUUUCACAGGAAAACAACAAAGUUUUAUAAAUACUGACAUUCAAGUUCACCGACUUUAUCGGCCCUUUCUCUUUCAAAUUGUGGUUUACUCUAUGAUUAAACUACCUUAGGAAAGGGGCGGGCUAACUAAACGGGCCUGAAAGAAUAAGGAUAUCGUUAGAGGUCAGACCACCGGACUGUCUUUCGAGUUUCAAUUUGAAAUCGAAUAUUUUCAUUUGACAAUAAAUUUAUUCGCUGUACAGAAUAUUUUUUUCUAUGUAGUGUACAUAUUUUGUUGGCAUUGUAGUUUAGUAGAGUGACUUUACCGACGUCACGUGUUGAUGACAACGCCAUCUAGUGGACUAUUUUAAUAACUGGUAAAUCUGUUACAAAAGUUAUAAAAACAAUUAUAUUCUAAUAUUUUUAUAGAAUAUAACGAAUAUGAAAAAAGCCUUCCAGUAAUUUAGUGAAUAUUUGAAAGUUACUGCUUUUAUCGUUGUUUUGCUGACCUUAAAGGCAGUUAAGAAAAAUGCUUCCAAUUUUCGAUUGAAAGUGUGAUACGUUGUUUUUGUUCUGUUUAAAAAUAAUUAGUGUAAGCGCAGUGUUUUAUUGAGAUUUUUAAUUUAUUGAACGUUUGAGAAAGACGAGCCUUGCUUAAGAAUUUAGUUUACAUGUAUAUUUAGAAGCGGCUGUCACAUAUUUAUCAUAUUUUAAUCCGAUACGACAUUUCGCUUCGAAAAUUCUCCACAGACUAAUAAACAGAAGAUCUCAAAUGAAGUGUUUACAUUACUGCUUAGACUGUGGUUUUUUUAUCGGCGAAUUAUUACCAACAAUUAAGUUAUAUCGGAUUGAAACCGAUAAAUAUAUGAUAGAAGUAGAUCGACCUUUGUCGAGGGACAUAUAGGUGCCUUUCGUAACGUAUAAUAACUUUAUAAUUAGGACAUAAAAUGUAGUGUUCGUCAUAAAUCCAUCCGAUUUUUGUAGGCCUAUUUUGUAACCAAAAAGGUGAAAUGACAUUGAUGAUUUGAUUCAUUUAUAAGACAUAGAAAUUACCACUAUUUAAUUAGAUAAGCUCUUAGGUAUAUAUAAUUCACAUGCCAAUUAUUAUUCAUUU